AUGGGAGAAGUCGCGUCGACCCCGAAGUGGGCCCGAGAGUCUCAUGGUCCCGCACCUCAGCCCACCCCCAUCAACACCCCAUCUUCAUCACCAAACAAAGCAGCCUCUCUUUCCUCCUCGCCUCCAUGUCGGCAUCACAUCGCCGCCACAAUGCUCUCACGCCCAGCAACGAAGAUCAGCCUCACGCCCGACGACAUCACAGCCUACGAAGAACGCCAAAAGCAGCGCGAGAACGCCAGAGCGAGAUCCGAAGAGCUGCGCGAUUCUGGUGACAGCAGCAGAGUCGAAGAGGCCGCAAUGACGCCUGCAGAGAAGGCGGGAGCGGCCAAAGCGACCAUGACACGCGAGCAGAGACUUGGGCUGGGGCAGGGGAGGUCGUGA